UCUGUGGAAUGUGGGAUCUUCCCGGACCGGGGCACGAACCCAUGUCCCCUGCAUCGGCAGGUGGACUCCCAACCACUGCGCCACCAGGGAAGCCCUGACACUGUAUUUUAAUUAUCACCUUCCUUGCUUUUUAGUGUCUCCCACUAGAUAGUGAGUUCCUUGAAGGCAAGGACCAGUCUGUGACCUUAAUGUCCUCAUGUCCAUCCCUUCUCAGUGUCUGCUACCCUCGUUCAGGCCCUCAUUAUCUCUAACUGGGACAACUGCAUGGGUCGGUUAAACCGUCUCCCUGCCCCUAGUCUAUCUGUUUUUAAUCCAUGCUCAACACUGCCAGCAGAAGCAGUUUUGUAUAAUGGCUGACUUAACACUUUCCUACUUAAAACACCUCACUAGAUCCAGCUGCUUUUAGAAAAAGGCCAAAUGCUUUAGAAUUACAUGAAUUUGUCUCCUCCCCUUCUUUAUUCUACCUUGUGCCUAGUAGGCACUCCAUAAACAUUUGUUUAGUGAAGGAGGGACUGAUAUCAAAUUUGGUCAAACAGAACCAAGAACAAAGAGUUUAACCAAAGAAACGGCAUCUGGCUGCAGAGGCUUCCUAGGACAGCACAGCCAAAGGUUUCAGUGGAGCUGGAAGACUGGUAGUGGAACUCCUUUGAGGAGGGAUUCCCCAAGACAUGCCUUACUGUUGGAGGACUCUCUGUCUUUGCAUUUGCCUGGAACAUGCUACUCCCAUCAACGUGGUAAAAACCAUCAGAUUUCGAGACUCAGUUCAAGUAUCCCUUCCUCUGUUACACCUCUCCUGACCUUUCUAGAUAGAAAGAGUGUAAAUUGGUUCAGCUUUUCUGUAGCAUAACUUAUCAAGAUAUAUCAAGAGUGAUGAAAAUACGAAGACUUGUUACCCUAGGAAUUGUGCAUCUAGGAUGUAACUACAAGAGAAUGGGGCCUAGUUCUGGGCUUUAAUAACCCAGUCCUUCCCAGGUCUUUAACCUAAAGGAAAACUAUGACCAUUCUAAGAAACGAAAUCGGAAUAGAAUGGUUUCUUUACAACCAUAACUAGUCAAAAUACUUCAUUAUUACAGCUAGUAUUAUCAGCCUUUUCAUCAGCACUGCUAACACAAAUAAUGUGUAAAGUGUCAAAACAUAAUAAAAUUGUUCCUAGCCUUUCUAUUUAACCUUGCUACUCUGACCACCUCUCCCCUGACUUCAGGGGGUCCAUCCUAAUUUAAUAUUGAUCUAAAUAAAACAGGCUGCCAGUAAACAUGUAUCUCAAAAUUAAAUAGGAAUUAUUUUUAAAGUACUACAAGGACAUAAUUAAAGCUUUCCAGACAGAUGUUCAUGAGUACAUUGUUGAUAACAUAGAAAAACUAGAGACAGUCUAAACUUACAAACUAAGAGACUGGUUGAGUAAACGGUGGUGUAUCUUGACAAUGGAAUGUAACACGACAUUAAAACCGAUGUAAAAAUAGGUUUAACAUUGAAUGAAAUAAGAGUAUCAUUCCACUUUUGGUGGGGAAAAGUGUGUGUGUGUAUUUUACACAUGCACAUAAAAAAAUGGGUACACACUAAAGUGUUAAUUGGGAUUAUCUCCGGGUGGUCAUGUUAUGGUUUCUUUUAUUUUGCUCUUUUUGCUUGUCUGUAUUUUCUCAUUUUUCUCAAAUAAUGUGUAUUACCUGUGAAUUCAAAAUAAUUUGUUUGUCUCUGAGAUAUAUUACAUAAUGUAUUUUCAGCUUUAUUAUUGGAAAAAUCUGUGCCCUUAUUCCAUUUCAACUAAAACAAUUUGAGCAUGCUGAUCCCAUUUUCAAUGAAGAAUUGCUUCCAGUUACUUUGUAACCUCAAGGUCCCAGCAGCUGGUUUUAAAGACACAGUUAAAAGUGGGCUCAUUUUACAGUCAGUUUCCAAUGAUGUUUACCAAAACCUGGCUGUAGAAGACUGGAUCCAUGACCAUAUGAAUCUAGAAGCCAAGCCGGUUCUUUUCUUUUGGAGGAAUUCUCCCUCUGUUGUAAUUGGUCGGCAUCAGAACCCUUGGCAGGAAUGUAACCUGAAUCUGAUGAGAGAAGGAGGUGUAAAACUAGCUCGGAGGAGAAGUGGAGGAGGAACAGUCUACCAUGAUAUGGGUAACAUCAACUUGACUUUUUUUACAACCAAAAAAAAGUACGAUAGGAUGGAAAAUCUAAAAUUAGUUGUUAAAGCUCUGAAGGCUGUCCAGCCGCAGCUGGAUGUGCGGGCUACCAAAAGGUUUGACCUUUUACUUGAUGGACAGUUUAAAAUCUCAGGAACAGCUUCCAGGAUUGGCCAGACCGCUGCUUAUCACCACUGCACUUUGCUAUGCAGUACCGAUGGGACCUUCUUGUCAUCUUUGUUGAAGAGCCCUUACCAAGGGGUCAGGAGUACUGCCACUGCGAGCACACCUGCCUUAGUAAAAAAUCUUAUGGAAAAAGAUCCCACCCUGACCUGCGAAGUAGUGAUAAAUGCUAUUGCCACAGAGUAUGCUACAUCUCAUCAAAUCGAUAAUCACAUUCACCUAAUAAACCCAACAGACGAGACGCUGUUUCCUGGAAUAAACAGCAGAGCCAAAGAACUACAGACCUGGGAGUGGAUAUAUGGCAAAACUCCAAAGUUCAGUGUAAACACUUCCUUCAGUGUGUUAUAUGAACAUUCACACUUGGAAAUUAAAGUAUUCAUAGACAUAAAGAAUGGAAGAAUUGAAAUCUGUAAUAUUGAAGCACCUGACCAUUGGUUGCCGCUGGAAAUACGUGACAAGUUAAAUUCAGGUUUUAUUGGUAGUAAAUUUUGCCCAAUUGAAACGACUAUGCUUACAAGUAUAUUACAUAGAACAUGUCCAGAAGAUGAUGAACUACACAGUAAAUGGAAUAUGCUCUGUGAAAAAAUUAAGGGAAUAAUGUGAUUCCAAGUAAAUUUCUUAAUAUUGACAGUUUCAAUGACAGAAUUAAAAAUGUUUACAGUACAUUGUCUGUCUCUUAAAAUAAAAAAGAUCUAGUCUCCUUCA